AGGCUAGGAGCUUGAGCCAGACAGAUGGUAUUCCCUUUUCGUCACUUUUUCACCCGCAACGGGUCCUCUCGAGAUCUCCAUCUCCCCACUGCCCGGCUGCCUCCAAUGGAGAUAGAGAGCUCGGAAGAGGCCUUACUGUCUUCCGAGAGGAUGCCUGCAGCCCGAGCCCAUCUUAUCAUUCCGGAUGACCUCGAGGAGCAGCAGGACCUCCUCAGCGAAGACGGAGGAUGCGAGUCAUUCUUCAACCGUUCUAUACCGCUCAUAUAUCGUCCCCCAGUUUGGUCGUUCGGAGUAGUUUUGCCAGUUUUUUACUUUGGGUAUGCUUCAGCAGCAAGCGUCCAUAUGGGUACGAACCCUAAGGGAAUAUCUCCUCACGCCUUCGAUGCACUGCUGUCUCUACUACUAGGCAUAAGCCUUUACUCGGCAGGGAAGGUGAAAGAGAGGCUCACGACCAUCGGCACUUGGAUGCUCUUCGCCAUCUUGUCCAUACUCAGCACUAUAUCGUGUACGCUGUACCAAGAGAUAGUCGGCACUCACAUGACGCUGUCAAUCAAGAGCAUAGCCAAUUGGGGGCUACUACAGUGGAUUGCCGCGAGCAUACUUUUAUCAGCUGCAAUAUGGUGCCUCUGGUCACACAUACUCUUUGCCUUCCGUGGUGGCUACCUCGGACAAUUCGUAAUAGGUGUCACAGGAGGGUUGAUAGCCAUUACGUUCCUUACCUUCGUCGCCGAGCCGACGUCGGACGGACUUCAUCUGCAUCAUUGGUUCACAGCUUACCUGAUGGCUAUGAUUUGUCGAGAGCCCCGUAGUCGUAUGAGCUUUGCCUGGCAGUCAUUGUUCGUGGGCAUCUGGCUGCAUGGUGCCAGCGUAUGGGGAGUCGAUAGCAUGUGGAAUAAGCGUCCACCCUGGCCCCCCUGGUCUGCUUCUCCAGUCAACAUUACAGGUGUGCCUCCGUCACGGGCCCCUUUCAUUACGUAAGCGUCGAGAGAUAUCUGCUGUUUGAGCCGUGGUAGACGCAAAGUUUUUAUGCUCUCAUUGCACUGCUCACUGAUA